CCAUCUCAUUUCUUCUCUCUAAAAAACAAGAACAAAGUGGCAACCAGCAUCCAUGGCUGCCAACAAAUUUGCUACCAUGUUGCACAAAAACACCCACAAAAUCAUUGUAAUUCUGGUCUAUGCAGUGCUUGAGUGGAUCCUGAUUGUGCUCCUCCUACUCAACUCUUUGUUCGGUUACUGCAUCACAAAGUUUGCCAAGUACUUUGGUCUUAAACCUCCCUGUCCAUUGUGUACCAGAGUUGAUCAUGUCUUGGAGCCUGGGAGGGACACAAACUCCUACAGGGAUCUUAUUUGUGAUGCACAUGCCACUGAGGUGUCUAAACUGAGUUUCUGCUCAAAUCAUGGAAAACUGGCAGAAUCACAUCUUAUGUGUGAAGACUGCUUUGCUUCUCGGCCAAAUCAGAAUGAUGAGUCCAUUGAAACAAGGAAGGUUGCUUUCAUUACAUGGGUGAGUACAGAUAAGGUUGACAAUGGUGAUGGUGAGGUUCUUUCUUGUUGUUCUUGCUGCAAGAGAAGCAUGGCUGGAAAACUCUGUCCUCCUUACAUGUUGAUCAAGCCUUCAUGGGAUAUUUUGAAUUCUGCACAUAAAGGAAGUUUGAUUCUAGAAUCAGUAGACUAUGACACAAAUGGAAGUGAUCAGUGUAGGGAGCCAAGCAACCUUUGUAGCAGUGAAGAUCAAGCUGAGGAUAUGGUUGAGAUGAAAAUAAACAAUGAUGAUAAUGACAAUACAGGCAGUCAAGGGGCUACAGACCAGCAUCACAUGCUUUCUAGCAUUGGAAGUUUUGGAGAUGCUCUGGAAUGCUCCAGUUCUAUGGUAAGCUUGCAAUGUGAUGAAAAGGAAGCAUAUAAAGAUGUCAAAUCAGGCAAUUUUAACAUCUCAAAGCAACAUUCAAGAGUUGCCUCUUUCGAUUAUAAUACCAUUCAGUGUGGUUUUGGAGAAGCAGAUCUGCUUGAGCACAUCAACCUUAGUGCCUGCAAAUGUAAAUGUGAUCGCCUACUUCCUGCUGAGUUAAUUGAUUUAUCAACUAAUGCUACCCAAGGAUCCUGCAGCACAGAAGAGCAAGAUCAUCAAAUUGAAACAAUUGAUUCUCCCCUGCAGAUUGUGACACAGACUGAUUUAUCAAAGGAAGCAGCAUUGCAUUUCAUGGAUGAGAGUACAGAGAAGGCCAGUCAUGGAGAUGCAGAAUGCCUGGAUAUAGGAACAGGUGAAAGUAAGCAUGAAUCAGUUCUAAAUGCCAAGAAACUUAAUUUAGUUGAUGAGGCCAUUGAAAACCUUAUUGAUAUGCAAGAAGCUAGGUAUGGAGAUUAUACAGAAGCCUCAGUCAUGGAAGCACCAUUUGAUCCUCCAGCUAAUCAAGAAGAGGAAAAUGGCUUCCGACUGUUGGUUGAGCAAAUAGAACCCAAGAUUUUGAUUGGCUCAGAGGAGUCUGAACAUGCAGCUAAUCUGCCUCAAGCUAAAGAGCCAGUUCCUCCAGCUCCGGUUUUGCAAGAAGAUCAAUCUACCAUCACUGAAAAUGUUGUUAAGAAUGAUAAUGUCCCUGAAUCAGACACAACUAAAAGUAACCUUGUUCUAACAGGUGCAAACCAAAUGGAAAGAAACACCAUGGAGAACAAAAUCAUUUCAAGUGAUAAGAACCAAGAAGGGACAAGCAAUUGCUUAUCUGUGGAUUUGGAUCUUAAUGAAGCAGAGUAUGAAAAAGUGCCUGAUAUGCCACUUGAAAGCCUAAAUCCCUUAGAUAAGAAACUAGCACGUUUUGAAAAAAGAGAAUCAGGUGCAGAUGAGUCAUUAGAUGGGAGUGUGACAAGCGAGACUGAAAUUAGAGAUCCAGUAAAAACCAUUGAACAGCUGAAAGCAUCUCUAGAAGCAGAAAGGAAAGCUUUGAAUGGAUUAUAUGCAGAACUUGAGGAAGAGAGAAGUGCCUCUGCAAUAGCUGCAAAUCAGACAAUGGCUAUGAUAACCAGGCUUCAGGAGGAGAAGGCAGCAAUGCAAAUGGAAGCAUUACAAUACCAGAGGAUGAUGGAAGAACAGUCUGAAUACGACCAGGAAGCCUUACAACUUUUGAAUGAGCUCAUGGUCAAAAGAGAGAAGGAGAAGCAAGAACUUGAGAAAGAACUUGAAACAUGUCGCAAGAAAAUUUUGGAUUUUGAAGCAAAGGAGAAGAUGAGAAUGAGGGGAAGCAAAGAUGGAAGCGUGCAAAGUAAGUCUUCUGUGUCUUGCAGCAACAUGGAGGAUGGCGAUGAGCUAUCCAUUGAUCUUAAUCGUGAAGCAAGGGAUGAAGAUGGCAGCUUCUACGGCCAUGGGGAAAGCAGCAGCGACCAUAACCCUGCUGAGGUAGUUCAGAGUCUGGAGGAAAUGGCAUUAGAUUGUGUAAAGCAUAUAAGUGUCCUUGAUGACUCAUUGACAGAAUAUGAAGAAGAGAGGUUGUCCAUUCUAGAUCAGCUAAAGGUAUUGGAGGAGAAGCUGCUAACAAUAGCUGAUAAAGAAUUCAUUGAGGAUGUUAAAGCAAUCCGACAUUCAUCAACAUAUGAGGUCAAUUGUGAUUCCAGCUGUAAAGAAGAAAAUGAAGUUGCAGAAGAGAAUUCCCAGGAGAGGGAAACAAUGGUUUCCAUGGCAAAGAAUCUCCUUCCUCUUCUGGACGCAGCAGAAAAUGAAACUGAUGAAGAAAUGUUACAUGAGAUACAAUUAGAAGCAGAAUCUUUUGAAAUGCAAGAACAUUCAACUUCAAAAGUUGACCUGGAUAGCAAUAGGAUAGCAAUAAUAGAAGAGGUGGAUCGUGUGUAUGAGAGGCUACAAGCUCUCGAAGAAGACAGGGAAUUUUUAAAGCAUUGUGUCGGCUCAAUAAAGAAAGGAGACAAGGGAAUGGAUCUUCUCCAAGAGAUCUUGCAACAUCUCCGAGACCUGAGAGCUGCAGAACUCCGUGCUAGUGAUACAGCUGAUUAUCAGCAAGACUGAAGACACUCUGGAAAAAAGUGGAAGAAUCUGACCAGCAGGAUCAUUCCGCAGAUGAAAUGUUUUGAGAACUCAUUCACAGUGAGCAUGUUGUGCUAGAAGCCUGUAGAAACUUAAUUUUUUUCUGCAAAAAUGGGAAUAUCUCCAGAUGGAGGGGGAGAUUCCUCAUCUGUUUCAUUUUUUUUGUAAUUAAUCAGUGAGGUGAAUAUUGAAAGCCUUAAGUCUGUCCAAAGUUCUAAGCUCUCUUGCAGGCUUGCAAGAAAGUGUAAAGUCCCAGAUCUUGCAGGUGUCUUCCUUAAGUGCCUUUUAAAAGAAAAGGUGCACUACCGAGGAGACUGUCAGGUUUGAGCAUGUAGGUUAGGUGAGAUGAGACAUAAUUUGGUCUCUGCUUUAUUUUUUUUCCUAAAACUUGUUUUGCAUUUCUCAUUUCUUUACUGGGUUGGGAAGGAUGGUUUGUAAUGGAAGGAGGGUUCAUAACUCUUUCUCCUUGUCUUUGCUUUGCAUCCAUGUAAUGAAAUUUCAGCAUUUUGAAGCACAUAAACUCAAUCCACCUGUUGUUUCUAUUCUUCUGUGUUGUUGGAUUGAUUUUUUUUUCUUGAUCUAGACUAUCCCUUGUAACUUGAACUCCUCAACAAUAAAGUCAUCAUAUAAAGAACAGAAGAACCACGAGAAGCAAGUUUCCAGUGUUCUUGAGAAAGAAAUGACCUAUCUCGUGUAGAUUUGUCCCCUUUGCCUCCUCAAUGAAGAGAUUUUGGGGUAAUUUUAUGAGGCAUUACAAUAUCAAAUUUUAUGAGGGAUUACAAUACUAAAUAAAGAAAAUGAUUGAUA